AGCAGAGCGGCUUCGUUCAGGACUCUGAUACCUGGAUAGAGGGAUGAUGAAGUGGUACCGAGCGCUCCGCGGCCUCAGCGGGGCUGCGCACAGAGCUCUGCCGGGCAGACAUGCAGUCCUGCACCGCUGCAGCUUCAGCACCAGCGCCGCCGCACGGAAAGACUUCUUCCAAGACUUGGAGAACCAGUUCAAAGCGUUCAGAGAGAAAGCGACCGCAGCGAUGCCCGGCAGCGACUGGAGCCCCAUCCAGGUGACCAAAGGCCUGCCGCCGGAGCGGGCGGACAUCGUCAUAGUGGGAGGCGGAGUGAUGGGCUGGUCAGUCGCCUACUGGCUCAAGAGGAAAGAGAGGGUCCGAGACGGAGUGAGAGUGCUGGUGGUGGAGAAGGACCCCACCUAUUCUCAAGCCUCCUCUGUGCUGUCCUGCGGGGGCAUUCGGCAGCAGUUCUCCCUCAAAGAAAACAUCCUGCUCUCCUUGGCCUCCGCGGAUUUCAUGAAGAAUAUAAACGAUCAUCUCGCGGUGGUGAAUGAAGAUCCUGUUGAUUUGCAGUUUAACCAUUCGGGUUACCUAUUCCUGGCAAGCCAAGAUGAAGCGCAUAUCAUGGAGGAGAACUAUGUGACCCAAAGGGAUCUUGGGGCAAAAGUCACCCUCUUAUCACCAACCCAGGUUAAGGAGAGAUUUCCUUGGAUAAACACAGAUGGAGUUGUCCUGGCCUCUUAUGGGCUGGAGAACGAAGGCUGGUUUGACCCUUGGACGCUGCUGAACGCAUUCAGAUGCAAGGCCAUGUCUAUGGGAGUCUAUCAGUGCUUUGGAGAAGUCACAGGUUUCAGAUGUUCCUCACAGAAAGCAGAAACCAUGGAUGGAGACCCUGUAAACAUAAAAAGGAUCAAAUAUGUUGAUGUGCGGAUGCCCAACAGUUUGGAGUACCAGCCUGUGGAGUGUGCAGUGGUGGUCAAUGCAGCAGGAGCCAGUUCUGGGAAAAUUGCUGACAUGCUCGGUAUCGGACAGGGACCAAAACAAACUAUGGCUGGCAUUCCGUUACCUGUGGAACCCAGAAAGAGGUAUGUUUAUGUGGUGCACUGUCCAGACGGUCCGGGCCUGGAGUGUCCAUUUUUGGUCGACUACUCAGGAUUUUACGUAAGACGGGAGGGUCUCGGAGGAAAUUACAUCACGGGGAUGUCUCCAGAGGAGACGGAGGAACCAGACGUCACAAACCUGGAAGUUGACCACGAGUACUUUCACCACAAAGUCUGGCCGGUCCUCUGCCAUCGGGCUCCUCCCUUUCAGUGUCUGAAGGUGUCAGGAGCGUGGGCGGGAUAUUACGACUACAACACGUUCGAUCAGAACGCCAUUGUGGGCAUGCACCCUCUGGUCAACAACAUGUUCUUUGCCACAGGUUUCAGCGGCCACGGGCUCCAGCAGUCCCCCGCCAUCGGCCGCGCCGUGGCCGAGCUCAUUCUGGACGGAGGCUUCCAGACCAUUGACCUCAGCGCGUUUGAUUUUAAACGUAUCCUGUACCAGGAGCCUAUACUGGAGAGGAACAUUGUGUGAGGAAGAAGGACGAUAUUAAAGGCAGUGGUUAAUUAUAGCCAGUAUAUUGGAACCAAGAGAGGAGGUGAUACACAUGAACGUCUGUCUGUUUCGGACGGUUGAGAUGAACGUUUUCAAUCGAAGCUGGAUUCACUACAGUAGAAGUGUCUGCUAGGAGCGUCUCUUACCUCUCAACAAUGAUUAUGAAUCUUUUGAUGCACUGAAUCAUUUCCCAAUCUCAAAUUUUACCAGAACUCAAUUCAGAAAUGCUUUUUUUUUAUUAUUUUUUUAAAAAUGUUGACUGUAGGUCUGUGUAAGAACUGUAAUCACAUAAGUUCAGUCCCUGGUGAUGCCACAACUCCACCUUCACAAGGCGUUUCACUGGUUUAGAAAUUUCACACCCAGUUUGUUCCCCAUUUAGGCCAAAAUCUCCCAUGGUUUCACUCAGACGUUCUUGUAGACAUCACAGAGACUAUCGACAUUGAAUUAGCAGUUAGUGUUCUCCUCCAAGCGUAUUCAGGCCCAAUGAUGUUGCAUUAGCUGCAUGUGGUGGAGCUUCAUGUGUCUUGGAGGAAGCUUGUGCUAGUCUUCGCCCUCCCAGCCUGGUAGCAUUGUGUGAUAGAGGGAGACCUGGCUAGCAUUUGGAACUGGACUUGACUAAAUUAGGGGGAAAAAUAAAAUAAAUACAUAAAUAAAACUGGAGGAACUAUUUACACAGUGGUGGAAUACAGACGAAACAACAGUCCAAGUUUUAUAUAUAUAAAAAAAAAAAACUUUAUUAGACUUUAUCUUGGAAAAAUAUUCUGGACAUUAUUGAAUAUAAUUAUAAUCUAUUCUGUUAUUUCCAAAAUGGAUGCAUAUGAGUCAUUGCCUUCAGAUCAGUGCACCUCAGUGCAUUUUGCAUUUUUAUAAUCCCUGUUUUAAAUGCAUAACUCUGGGGAAUCAUACAGCCAAACUCAUUACAAAUACAGUUAAAUCCUCUACUAUAUCAACACUGGCUUACACUGUUGCUACACUCGCUGGCCAUUUUAUCAGAAACACCUACCAUAAAGGUGCACUUAUAGGUUUAUUGUGUCUGGUAAAUGUGUACCAGUUAUACACUACCAUGUCAGCAUCACUGCUAUGCUAAGAAUGACACCACAUAGUGGUCCUGUGGUGGUCCCUUUCACUGAAGAAUGAGGUAAAGGGGGCUGACCAAUUGUGCAGCAACAAGCCAGUAACUGUAAACAUACAAAGUACUGUGCAGAAGUCAGAGACCACCUCUUUAGUAACUGAAUUUCCAGUCAAAACAGCCACUAAGUACAAGUUAUUCACUCUUCAGCAUCAGAGGAAGCUUCUUUUUAGGAGUCUGGCUUAAUUGGUUGCAUUUUCUGCUUCUCACCAUCCAAUGAUGUCCCGAUUCAGUGAUGUUGGUCUGGGCCCUGCUUGAUGUUCUUGUCUUCUCACAGUGGAAGGACGGCUGUGGAUGUUUUCAGAUCUGACGCAGCCUGAUUUUCUCCUCUCUCUCAAAGAUGAAAGCUUUAAGUGCUGUUUUUAUCUGAUGGGGGCAGUUUUGGUCCCAUUUCCUCCCCAUGGUGGCUUUUAAUCACUUUUUUUAAACUUAUUUUCCUUUGACUUUCUCCUUCUUUAUCCAAGUGCAAAUAUUCUAUCCAAUCUACUUAGAAACAUCUCUUGGAAAACCAUUUGUAGCUUCCAUGUGUCAAACACAAGGCCGGCUGGCCAGGUUAGGCCUGUUAGCACAAUCCUAUGUGGCCCGUGAAGUUAUUUUCACUUUCUGUUUAUAUUAGCCCAUUUCACAAUAUGCAGCACUACAAUCCCCAGAAUGCUCUGCAACGUGACGUGCGCUCCAACCCCCCUCCCCCACUGAUACUCUUAUAAAACGGCGGUUACACCACAAUUCAACCACAC